UGGGUGCUGUAGUUUUCUUCCUCCCCUUCCCCCGCCUUUCUCAACAUCCGGGAUACAAAUUGGGAGCUCUUCCUGCCUCGUCUUGGCAACAGAGGGAUAGGGAGGAAGAGGAAGGGGAAGUGGGGUGAAAUAGAUUGAGGGGCUGCUCUUGGCCCCCUCCUUCCUCUUGGCUGGAAGUCUCACUGAUGCUCCAUCCCUCCCCAUGGAGUCUGAAAGCCCCCUCUGACACCUGAGGUUUAUUUACCUUCUCCUAAAAAAGGAACUUGGAUCCAGCCAGAAUGAUCUCUCCCUGUUGGUUACAUUUCAACUGAUAUAAUCUUGGAGAGCGGGAUCUCCUGUGGAAGUGGCCAAGAACUUUGAAUCACAUCUUUCUGACUUGCGGGCAGGUUUUGGAGAUAACCAUGGAGUUUGCUGAGCUAAUCAAGACACCCAGGGCUGACAAUGUGGUCCUCCAUCGCCCCUUCUACCCAGUGGUGGAGGGGACCCUGUGCUUGACAGGCCAUCACCUCAUCUUCUCUUCCCGGCGGCAGGACAAUGUUGAGGAACUCUGGCUUUUGCACUCCAACAUUGAUUCCAUUGAAAAACGUUUCAUUGGCUCUUUGGGCACCAUCAUUGUCAAAUGCAAAGACCUGCGGAUCAUUCAGCUGGACAUCCCUGGCAUGGAGGAGUCUUUGAACAUAGCAAGCUCCAUUGAGGCACUGUCUACCUUGGAUUCCAUCACUCUGAUGUAUCCUUUCUUUUAUCGACCCAUGUUUGAAGUUGUGGAAGAUGGGUGGCAUUCCUUCUUGCCAGAGCGGGAAUUUGAGUUUCUCAGUUCAGUCACAAAUGAAUGGCGGUUGAGUUACAUCAAUAAGGAUUUCUCUGUCUGCCCAUCCUAUCCACCCAUUGUCACUGUCCCUAAGUCAAUCGACGACGAGUCUCUCUUGAAAGUUGCCAUGUUUCGCCAUGGAGGACGCUUCCCGGUCCUCAGUUAUUACCACAAGAAAAAUGGGAUGGUGAUGAUGCGCAGUAGCCAGCCACUUACCGGGACCAAUGGGAAGCGUUGCAAAGAAGAUGAGAAGCUGAUCAAUGCCACGUUGAGGGCAGGCAAGCGUGGCUACAUCAUUGACACACGGGCCCUGAACGUAGCCCAGCAAGCCAGAGCCAAAGGCGGAGGCUUUGAGCAGGAAGUGCAUUAUCCUCAAUGGCGAAGGAUUCACAAGUCCAUAGAGAGGUACAAUAUUCUUCAGGAAAGCCUCAUUAAGCUUGUGGAGGCCUGCAAUGACCAGUCGCACAACAUGGACCGCUGGCUGAGCAAACUAGAGUCGUCCAACUGGCUGACCCACAUCAAAGAGAUUCUGACCACAGCUUGCUUGGCUGCUCAGUGCAUUGACAGGGAGGGAGCAUCAGUCUUGGUCCAUGGGACAGAAGGAACCGAUUCGACACUGCAAGUGACCUCUUUGGCUCAGAUUAUCUUGGACCCCAGAUGCCGAACCAUCCGUGGUUUUGAAGCUCUCAUUGAGAGGGAGUGGCUACAGGCUGGCCACCCGUUCCAGCAGCGCUGUGCUCAAUCGGCUUAUUCAAACAGCAAGCAGAAAUGGGAGGCACCUGUCUUCCUGCUCUUCUUGGACUGCGUCUGGCAGAUCCUCCGCCAGUUCCCUUGCUCCUUUGAGUUUAACUACCACUUCCUCCUCAUGCUCUUUGAACAUUCCUACGCCUCCCAGUUUGGCACUUUCCUGGGCAACAACGAAAACGAAAGGUGUAAGCUCAAGCUGCCGCAGAAGACGAUGUCCCUGUGGUCCUGGGUGAAUCGGCCGGAAGAGCUUAGCAGGUUCAAGAACCCCCUCUUUGAAGCCAACAGCCUUGUCAUUUGGCCGUCCGUGGCUCCCCAGAGUCUGCAGCUCUGGGAAGGAGUGUUCCUUCGCUGGAAUCGGUCCUCCAAGUUUCUGGACGAAUCCUAUGAAGAAAUGAUCAACAUCAUAAAGUACAACAAGGAACUCCAAGUGAAAGUCAACAUGCUGAGGAGGCAGCUGGCUGAACUGGAGACAGACGACAGCACGCAGGACGAUGGGAUAUCCGAGAGUCCCUGAGGUCUUUGCUGGGCUCCUGGUCCAUCUCAUUCCAGCUCAGUUGGGCAAGUGGUCUCCAAACACAUUUGAGCACUAAACACCCACCAGACUUGCAUGCGCUCAAGCUCUUUUUGGUGCAGUUGAGUUGAACUUUUUCCCCCUUUUGUUUUUUCGGCUUCACUGUUCCUCACUUGGCACUGUAAUCACACCCUCCGUUUAGGAUGGGAAUGCAUGGUUUCCUUUUUUGUUUGUGUUGUUUACAGGAGCAAACUCUUAAUUUAAUCCAAGCUACUGCCUUAUUCCGGCAGCAUUUCUCAUCUCUAAUAAACUGUGCACCUGUGACCGUUGUGGCUUUGAACCAUAACAGAGUCCCUCCUCCGUGUUAUUUGCGAUCAGGCUACUUUGGAUUUGACUCAGGAGACUGUGGACUCGGCAAAUGCUUUUGAGGUUGGUGCGACUUUUCAAAGCUACUGAGAGCAGAAGAAAUGUAUGUUCUCCUUCCAAAUCCCCUACUUUUUCUUCCCUCCUGGGUCAGGAAGAAUACUUUGGCCUUAUUUGGGCCUUCGGUCUCAAAUCAAAACACCUUUGCUUAGCACCCUGGCAUGCAGAGAGGAAAGGUGACAAAAGUCCCUCCAAAAUACCAUGCCCCAUACUACACUACACAGUCUCAUUGAUUCCCGUAACAAGGCUUACUUCCCAUGUCUUGAAUGCACUCCAGAACAGGGUCUCCAAGGCCUGCAUGUUGGAAGAACGCAACCUGUACUUGUAUGUCUGAAUGGAGGCACUUGUUGCUUUUAAGCUCAGUGUAUAGAAAGCUUAGAGAAGCUCACUGUUUCUGCUGUGAAAGAAGCAUCCAAAGAUGUGAUCUUCUCACAGGUAGCCAAAAAUUGUUCAGAGUAAAAGAAGGCUGUGUUUCCUCACCUCCAGACAGGUCUGACUUGUCUUGCAUGUACACAAGCAUUCUGUGGUUGUCUGUGCUGAACCUGAAUGCCCUUCGCCUUGCGUGGAGCAUGGAGGAAACAGUGAUUAAUUUUGGAUGGCAAGGAAUGCACCCAGCACCAUAGCUUAUAGCCACACUAGGAAAUCUUUGUAAACCUGUUCAACCAGCAGUGGUUUUCAAGACCAUAAAAUAACUUGUAUUUAAGUUUUCUUCAAAGACUCGGCACAAGUAACCAUGAACUCUAGUCCGCUAGGCUGAAAGUGGGUCACUUUGAUUCUUGAUAAACACCUCCUUUUUGCUGUCUUCUCGUGUCUGUGAAACAGACCAGUCAGGCUGCUUUCAGGUUUGCAUGGAUCAGGUCACAAAUGAGAUUGAUUGUACUUAGAGAUUGAUCUUCCUUGAUCCUGUGGGACUAAGGCCUGCUUGUGAAACAGCUGAGCGGGCUCUGAGUCAAGGUAGUAUAAGGUAGUAGACUAGCCCUGUCUGCAUUACUAAUAUUAGGUGGGAGAGGAGAUUGCCUCUUUCUUAGUGUUUCCAGAGAGAAAAGUAAAAUUUCAAAGAAAAGGAACAGAGGGCAGAAUUGGGGAUAGUAGGUGGCAGAUUGAUUUUUGCCUGGUUUAAGAUCUUUUUCUAUCAUCUCGUCUCCACCUUGGCUGUAUCAGAAUUCACCUUAAGCCUUUAGACCAGAGUGCAAAAACAUAUAUAUUUCAUUAGGCAACAUGUUGCAAGACCCGCAGCACAAAAGGGCAUGCCAGUGGUAAUUCUCAGGCAUUUGGGGAAUUGUAGUCCUUAAAAAAAAACUAAACUUCUUUAGACAGAGUGAGAUUUCCCCCCUCUUGACAUCCAUCAUUUCCCAUAUAUUGGAUAAAGGGACUUCUUUCAUACAAGUUUAUCCUCCUGCCAAAAAAGUCUCCUUUUGUUUCGUCAGGAUAGAAUUUUGCAGUCUUGAAAAGGCUAGCUUUUAAGAUUCACAAUUUUGAUUGCACUGUUUAAAAAAGAAAACGCUAAUCUUUUGGUGCUUUAAAAACUUUUUUUAUUUUUGGUUAAAGGGGUUUGUAAAUAUCAUGCUGUAUUUAUUUAUUUCGUAUUAUCAUUUACGUAGUUUAGAAAUGGUUCAGAAAGUUGAUCAACACAUUUCAGUUGGGAGAGGUUUGGAGAGCUUCCCUAAAGGCCAAAGAUUUGGGGGUGGAAUAACAAAACAAGUGCAUUUCCAGAGCUUGGAAAAGUGUUUUUUAAACUACAAAUCCUAGAAACCACCUGGUUAUUGGCCAUUCUAGUGUGUUUUAGAGGGGAUCCAAAAGACUGUUUUCCCCAUCUCUAAUUUCUACACUACAGAGGAUUCUCAGAACUGGGGUCAAUGGGAUUUUGCUGGGAAUUUUCCAUCAUAGGACUAACCUCAACAAUUGGGGUGAUGCUGUGAUCAAACUGGGUCUAUAAACUUCCUGUAGGAUUCUGGGAGCUGUAGUUCAAAAACAACUCAAACAUUUGCAUAUGAUGCAUACCCAGUUUAGUACAGUAGCACUUGGAUCACAAAACCCUUGUAGUUUUAGUACAUUGCUGGAUUGUCUUACAAAAGAAUGUAGGAAGGCCACGAUUUGGCUCCCCAAAGGCAGUUCUGCUUUAUCAGAUUACCUUCUGCUUUCUCCUUGUGAACAACAGACCUUUUUGAUUGUAUUUGGCUUAUGUUUUUCCCCCUGAUCCUGUCCACUCCAUGCUAUUUUCAAUAGUCUGGUCCUGCAUCUCAGAAGAAUAUAAAACACACACUUCCAGCCCCACAAGCGUCUACAGAGGUGGCCGAAAAUAAAACAAAUAAGCAAAUGCGAAACCUGAGAUUUGGAAAAUGGGAGAAGGACGGUUCGAUUGUAUCGGGGGCUGAAAGUUUUACUUGAAUGUGGCAAUCUGUUUUCUAAGUGCACUACUGUCAGUAUCGUCUCCAUCUCCAAUGUUGAAUGGGCAAAUUAAUGUCUUGGUGGUAUUCAAACUUCCCAGAAGAAAAAGAAGAAGAAACCUGCAAUGCUUGUUUUUAAUUUUAAAAGGACAAUUGUUAUACAAGCAGAUCUUUCUGUGUAGCAUCCUUUAUAAAUGAGUGUGGCACCCUGCAGCCGGAUGGGAAGGGGCUCAAAGCGUAUUCAUCUGUAUUAGAAAUGCUACGGUGAAAAAUACAUGUGAACUUUGCUUUUAGAUUUGCGAGUGUAGCAUAAACUAUCUCAAUUAAAACCUCGAAAGACUGGCA